AUGCAGAAGAAGACAAUUCAGAGAUACGGUGCAACAGAGUUUGAAGCCAUCUUCAAAGUCCGUCUGGAUGACAAGAACGUCCCUGAUGGCUCCGUGGGUCAGGCUGUGAGCGGCAUCGACGUCAAGCUGCCAGAUGGCGAUGAGGGCGAAGUAUUGGUGAAAUCUCCGCAUAUGUUUUCCAAGUAUUUGCAAGACCCAGAAGCCACUGCAAAAGCACACGAUGACGAUGGAUACUUCCGGACUGGCGACAUAGUGCGCAAAGAAGGUGGUUACUAUUACAUAGUUGGUAGGGCAUCCUUGGAUAUCAUCAAAUCUGGAGACUGCAAGAUCUCGGCCCUGGACAUCGAGCGCGAGCUACUAGGGUUGCCGCACGUUUCUGAAGCUAUGGUAGUCGGUGUCGCUGAUGAGGAAUUUGGACAACGUGUUGCGGCCUUUGUCGCGCUGCAGGAAGAAGACCUGACAGAUUCGUUCCUCAAAAUUUAUGGAGACGCUGAUUACAUAAUCACUAUCGAGGAUGUACGGAGGGACUUGCGCGACAGGCUUUCAGGGUACAAGCUGCCGUCGCUGCUUCGCAUUGCUCCGGGCAAGCUCCCAAAGGCAGCAACCGACAAGGUACAGAAGAAGGUCUUGGGUCCGCCCUUCUUUCCAUCUGACUAUGAGACGUGCCCGGAAGUGCAGCAGUGGGUGAUGCCGCGUUCACGUUUAGCAAAGUUGUGA